AUGGCUUAUGAUCCUAAGAAAUCAAGUGAAUUAUACUUUUACUGUCGGAUAAAUGCUGUUGAUAAUGUUAAAGGAAUUCUUAGAUGGACACCAAUCGAUGAUAUAAAUCGUAUCGAACCAAAUAAGAGUACAGCACUUCAUGCAGCAUGUUAUUUUGGUUAUAAAGAUAUUGCGGAAUUAUUAAUAAAAGCUAAAGCAAAUCGUUCGAUUAAAAAUGGAUUCGGUAAAACACCGUUACAAGAAGCUGCAACAAAUGAAAUACGAUGUUUACUAGAAUGUCCAACUCCACAGGAGUCCAAAGUUGAUUGGUUAAUAAUUGAUGACACAAAUCUUAUUAAAAAUGCAAUAAAAUACCGUUAUACAUUAAAGAAAUUAAGUUAUGAUAUUCGAGAUUCAAUAUCAACAAUUAUUACUACAUAUCUGGAUAAAGAUUUACAAAAUAUAGCUGGUAUUGAAAUGAUUAAAGAACUAUUUAUUAAAGCAGAUAGCGAAAAUGAUCCUGUAUCUAUUAUUAAAGCCUAUAC